CUUCACCUGCAUUUCGCUAUCCUGCGUACGCGUUUCAUCCCCCAACCGCGAAAUAGAAAGAGAUUGGGAAAGAGAGAGAGUGAGAGAGGGAGUGGAGGGAUUCAAGGAAGGUGCGAGAAUGCUCUGUCGUGGGAUAAGAUCAUCUAUGGUGCCAACUUUUGGUAGCAUUCAAUUGAUAACGUGCCUAUGGAUUGGGUGCACCGUUUGGUGCCUCGUGCAGGCCACCGAUGGCCAACAUUUUUAUCUUCAAACUCGUUACGACAAACGUGAUGUUUCACGUGCGGACGUGCCAGUACGAUAUGAGCGUUCAGCGAUUUAUCAUACAAAUGGAAGAUACGGAAGAAGCGAAUCAAAGAUUUCAGAGGACACAUCCAGACCGAUGAAAAUCGUACCCAGAAACAACAUGUUUUUCCUUGGAAGUAGAUAUGGUAAAAGAUCUCUCGAAGAUCAACAACGUGUUAUUUAUCAUUCGGAAUAUCCAUUGGAACGUUUGGAUGCUGUUCUCGAAUACGUUGACGAAGCACGUCGUGUAGCAGAAGCGAGGAAAAAUCAACGAGAUGAUUCGCGAGAGGAAGAUGAACGACAAGAUGACUUGGUGGAAGCUGCUGCAGCAGCAGCAGCAGCGGCAGCAGCAGCUGUUAUUCCUUUUCAAUAAGCGUUCAAUUAUCUUAUCUAAGAUAAUUCGUUUCUUUUUUUUACUCGAACAAAAAUGAUCUCAUUUCCAUUUAUUUAUAUUUCUCUCUCUCUUUUUCUCUUUUAAUUUUUAAUAAAAAAAUAUUCAAUUAAUGGAUCCUCCCAUUAUGUAAAUUACAUUUCUUAUAAAGGUAAUUCAUUGGAUAAACAUCGAAAGAAAGAGAAUGAUAGUGUUCAUUGUUUGUCUCUCAUCUAUGCGAUUUAACCACUCGAACACUAUAGUCGUGCUCGAUGUUUUACCUUUUUCAUUUUUAGAUAAGUAGAAUGUUAUUCUUAAUAGAAUGUAUUUUAUGUAUAUGUGUAUAUGUGUAUAUAUAUACAUAUGUACAUAACU